ACAAGUGCGGGGGUCUCUUAAUACCUAUUAUUUUAGCUAGUAUUUAUUUACGUAUAAUCCAAUUAUAUUUCUACAGUGCUGUGUUGAUAAGAGUUUAGCAUCCAAUGUAAAUUUGUUACAUCAUGCAAAAAUAUUGAUACAAUACAAUUCGUACAUUGUAAUAGUGUUAAAAUUAAAAGUGUAAUUGUGCUAUUAUCUAACUUUGUGUGACAAUUGAUCAAAUAUGAUACCAGAUAACGUGACACUGAUUGUUAAGGCGCCUAACCAGCAAAUCGAGGAUCAGAAUAUCGAGUGCCAGUCAUCUUGGACGGUCAGACAGCUCAAAGGGCAUCUAUCAGAAGUCUAUCCUAGUAAACCGAGAGCAGACGAGCAGAAAAUAAUAUAUUCGGGACAGCUCUUGGAAGACAACACUAUUUUAAAGGAUGUGCUAAGAAACUAUGAAAGUCAAAUAGCACAUACUAUGCACUUAGUUUGCUCAUCAAAGAGAAUGCAGGAAAAUACUCAAGAACUACCAAAAACUGAUGGCCUCCGGCAAAGAAAUGUGCCUGAGAAUACCCCACGUCCAACAGAAACAACCCCAAGGCCAGAAAUGAGGCAAAAUGACCAAAAUCACACAGUUGAAAUGCAGAACUAUUUGAGUUCCUUCGUCAAUAACUAUGGGAGGGUGCCACCAUACCCUAAUUACAAUUUUGGGGAAGGUUACUUGCCAAUACCGAAUGAUCCAGCUUCGAUGGCUAAUCACAUGCUGAUGGUGCAACAGGCGUACAUGCAAUAUAUGCAGCAAUAUGCUAAUAUGCGACAAGCUAUGACCGAUGAAACUCCAACCCCACCAACCGAAACCCCAGCCCCCCAACCCCAAGCCCCGGAACCGGAACAAGAGGAGGGGGCCAGAGACUGGCUCGACCAUCUUUAUGCUGCGUCUAGAUUCGCGAUACUACUGUCGUUGUUCUGCUUGUAUGGCAGCCCCGCGAGGUUACUGCUCGUUGUUAUAUUAGCCGCGGCUGGUUAUUUACACCAAAUUGGUUUCUUCCGCGUCCUCAACGUAAAUCCAUUGAACAACGGACGUCGCAAUGAGCAACAAAAUAACGAAAACCGACCACAAAAUAACGACAACCAACAACAAAAUAACGACAACCAACAACAAAAUAAUGACAACCAGAGGCAACCGAAUGACCAACAGAACAAUGAUGAUGACAACCAACAAUCACUGUUAGCCGUCACUUGGAUGAUAUUCACAUCAUUUUUUGCUUCAUUAAUACCGGAUACAAAUUAAUUUGCUUUUUUUCAUCAUGAUUAUGUGAUAGAACUCUUAAAGACCAUUGAAGUAUUUUUUUAAAAACCAAUUAUGUCA